AUGGACAGUCACGCUGCUGCUGCGAGCUCAAACUCCAAGUAUGGCGAAACUCCUGCUUUCAGAGUCUCAGCGCAGACGCCGUCGCGGCCGGAUCCCCGGAAAUCCGCCACCAUGUUCAACCCCGUGAUGCGAAUGCCACCGGUUUUUCAGCCCUACCAUUCCACACCCACUGGCUCACCAGAACCUCGGCAACAAACUUCGGCACAAUCUGUUCCUGCGAAAAGAUCAUCACCCGCACCAAUAACCUUCAUACAGCAGAAGCCGGCUCUGAGACCUCUGGAUCAGCCGACGAAACGUCGACGAGUAGAGGAGAAAGUUCCCAAGUACAAAUUCACCAACAAGAAGACACCUUUUAGCAUUCAUCGCCCGCUCAGGAACUCAGACGAUGUCCACAAAGAUAUCUGGACCCACAUACUCUCCUUUUGCCCGCCUCGAUUCAUGCUGCAGGCCAAGACGAUCAAUUCGCUCUUUUACGAGAUCUUGUCUCAACAAGCAAUCUGGAGGGAGAGUCGCUAUCGACAUCUCGGUGACGCUAUUCCGAAGUGUCCGUCAGGAAUAAACGAACAGCAAUAUACAGAUCUACUGGUAGGCAAAGGCUGCCAGAGUGCUUCGUGUCGCCGCCAAAACACAAACUCGGCCAACUGGGCCCUCCUUGUUCGCUUGUGCCCCGAUUGCUUGAUGUCCAAAACCACCAGACUACAAGAUCUGCCUGUCUCGAGAGUCCAUCGUGUGUCCGGCAUCCAUAAUCUCUGCGAUGCAUUACCUAUGCUGUCCAUAGCAGCCUCACAUCGAAGUGAGCCGCGUGAAAUUAGAGUGACCGAUGAAGAGGUGUCUUACGCUGAAUCUGGUCGAUCAGCAUCCUUCCGAUUCGUCAGGUCAGACUAUGAUCAGCUCGAAGCCGAAUUCCUGGAUCUUCGCGACGGCGGUGCAACUGAUGAGGCGAUUAAUUCGUGGUGGCAAUCCAAAUAUGAUAUCACGAUGGGCCAAAUGAAGGAGCGGAUCGAGCUGAACCGAUGGAACAACAGCAAUCACUACAGUUCGUCGGCGGCGGAGACUCGUUCCGACCGCGAAACAUUUUUCAUCUCCAAAGCCAGCGAGCUCGAUCCGCCAAUAGAGAAGUCGACCCUUGAGUGCUUUACAGCGUACAAGAAAGCCCUAUCAACCCAGAACCCGCCGACGGAGCGCUCAUGGGAAACGCUCAAGGUCAAGCUAUUACCUCUACGUGAGAAUGCCGAAGAACUCGAACGCGCUAUCAAACGUGUCGAGCGAUCGACUUCUGGAGACGUAUGGGAGACACUCUCUGAUCAUCGCAUUGGUUGCACCAGAUAUCCGCCCGCCUUGAAGCCAGAGCAGGAGUUCGUUGUUCAGCUCGGUCGCAGGGAGUUUGAACGCUGCAAAGAGAAGGGAGUUAGUGACGCCGAUCUGGUCCUUUUGACUUUGAAGAACACGUACGAGCGCUUCUACAGCGCAGAAAAGCGGCCUCAGGGCCUGAACUACAACGGCAGGCGAGGACCAUACCAGCUGAGCUUGGAUGACGCUCGUUUAAUCAUCGACCUUGUUAUCAAGCGCGAAAUCCCAGCUGGGUCCCAGCUCAGCGUGAGAGUAUACAAUCGCUUCAAAUGUCCGGCCUGUGUCAGAGAAAAGGAACGUGGGCGAUUGUUCAGUUUCGCCAGUUGCUUUGAGCACCUCCUCAACCACCAUGGUCGAACGGUUGGUGAGGGUCCCGAAUUUUGGCGUUAUGCACUGGCGGAAAGACCACAGCGGGGUGUGUAUUGGUACAGACAACUGCCAUUUCCCUGGUAUACUGUCCGCUGGCCACGAUGCCUGCCAGUGCUUCCCGAGCAUCAGGAUCCAGCAGCGCUUGAACCGUGGGAUCCUGGUUCGACCCGUCCAUACAUUCAGGAAGUUGUCAACACAACUUCAGCUUUCCAAGGUCGUGAAGUCAAUGCCGAGGUCGAGGCAUCAGGCUUCUUAGAACUCUUCGUACACGCAGCUAAUGCUCUCUCCGGCAUACGGCUUGAAGGACAGGCCCUCACACGAAUUGCGCUCCAGUUUGCGGUCGAUGUCAGUGAGCAGCGCGGUUACGUCAAGCCGGCACUAUCGCAAUUUUUAGACGUGGUUCCAAGCAUCCAAGGCUCCAAUCCAGCCAUGGACUUUCGAUUUCGAUGCGGGACAUGCAUGGCUAAUGGCGACCAGAAGGCUUCAUCGAGGCAUAUCAAGCACAAUAUCCCGAUUGACAACCUGUACCUGCAUUGGAGAAAAUCUCACGAUGACGAAAGCCCGACCUCCAGCCGUCGGCGUGGAAGCGAGGACUCACAAACGGCACCACGGGACUGGACACGCGAUUUCAUGCAUCUGCCCUCUGAUACGGAGUUGCAUGAGCAGAUUGUGGACAGUGAUGCGGUUCUGGCCAAAGAAAAGGAGGAAAUUCACGCGGCGGCCACUGCCAGCAACGCCAGACGAAAACCAAAGGCGAAGGCAACCGUUAUUCUUGCAACACGACCGGCUCUGGCAGCGUUUGAUGAGCUGUUUCCCAUGCGGGUUGGUUGA